GAGGAGGCGCAGCAAUUCAAGCUCGCAGCGAAUACCGCAUUCGAAAGGGGAGACUACGAGGCGGCUAUCAGCGAGUAUAGGGACGCACUGGCCAGUCUGCCGCCGCGCGAGCCCAUGAGCGAGACAGAAACGCAGCAAGAGAACGAGGCGGAGCGAAGGAACGCCACGCCUGCGCAAGCAUCAGCGUCCCUUCGCGAGCUCACCCCGCUCGAGCAACAAGAGGAAGAACGCCUCGCAGCCCUCACUCCCUCGCAACGUCUCGUAGAGGAGGAGCGCGCUCGGUCAGAACGCGAGGUCCACUCGUUGCGCACCACGCUGUGGAGCAACUUGGCCGCGUGCGAGCUCAAGGCGCGAAGAUGGGAGAGGGCCAAAGAGGCGUGUGAUGAGGCCCUGACUCUGGAGCCGCUCCACUUGAAAUCGCUCCAUCGUCGCGCGACGGCCUGCGAGGAGGUGGGCAGCUACUCAUCCCUCUGCACCGCCUGCGAGGACCUCACAGCCCUCCUCAAACAUCCAGGCGUGCCACCGACUUUUCGUCCCACCCUACGCUCAACCCUCGCGCGCGUGGAGAAGAAGAAGGCGACCGCCGGAGAGAAGGAGCGGGAUGAGAUGUUGGGGAAACUCAAGGGGCUGGGGGAUAAAGUGCUCGGUGGGCUUUUCGGGUUGAGUACGGAUAAUUUCAAGUUUGAAAAGAAUGAGGAUGGGGGCUAUGGGGUGCAGUUUAGACGAUAGAGGGGGGCGUGCGGCGAGGAGUUUGGGCGAAAGAGAUGGGAUUGGAUGCGUGCCGAUGGUACAUCAAGAUGACAUAGAGGAAUGACGCACGAAGCACGGAGCACGAAGCACGAUCCAUUGCCCGCCGAGCAAGCCACCAACCAACCGAUGCGCGCGCGAGUGACAAUCUCCAGCAUCACGCCAGCAACACGCCAGCAACGCGGAACCUCGCAUCGUCGACGAUGGCGCGGCGUGCGUGCCAAUUUCUAAGCCCAGUAACCCAGGAGAGACUGUGUAGCGCAAGAG